AUGCUCGGCUUGUCCCCCUUAAAAGUUGCCCUGUGUCUGGUGGCCCUCUCACCAGCAACACUCUGCCUUGGUGCUACUCACAGCGCAAGUGACAGCAACAGUCCCAUCAGCAGCGACUACAGCAGCUACACAGGGAGCGGCGGUCCCAAACCUCCAGAGGGGCUGAGCCCCCAUUUACUAUUCCCGCCACCAAUGCGGGAUAAGGGUAGUAUCUCGACAGAAGAAGGGACAAACAGCACAGCAUCCACUCCUCCUAGUACCCCUUAUGGUGAAGGGGGCGCAAAUAAGCCUUUCCGUGUAGGGGUAGAGGAAGAUCAGCAACAAGCAGAAGAUGCGGCAGCAGCGGCUGCGGCAACAGCAGCAGCAGAUGAUGAUAAUCCGGAGCCGCCAAUGCUGAAAUUCUUUAGGGUGGUGACACAGCUCUUCCUCGAGGUUCGAGGGCGGAUGGAGUAG